AUGGAAACCAAACAAUCCAACGAUUACCCCAACUUGCAUCCACUUCCAAUCUUAACUAACAUUCUUCCACAUUUAGCUCACCAACCUCCUCUAAUACCACCCACAUGGCCAAGCAUAAUCUGGAUUUCCUUUGUCUCAACUGUGAACUCUGUGCUUUCUCAAACUCCAAUUACUGAUUGCAUCCUUCUGCUUUCUGAAACUCCAGUUACUGAUUGCAUCCUUCUGCUCUCAUCACCUCUGAACAACUCAAACUGUGAAGCAAGCAAUUGGGGUGGUCUUAUCAACAACUGUUGCAGUGUAUUUUUUGAUGACUACUUGGAUGCAUUAGGGCGUCAGGCCAACCAAACUGGACAAAUAUUCUUAAACUCCACGGAGCAGAAUAAGUGCUUGAAUUCAAUGAAGACUAGAGAUCCAAGUAUUUCGGACUGUGGCAUUGAAAAGCUAACCAGUGGAGCUGGCGGGUGCCCUGACUAUGCUGUCACAGAUGUUGAUACUAAGCUAGGAAAUAGAUUGAAAAUUUUCGGGGAAGGCUGUAAACUUUCGAAUUCAGAUGGAACAUCAAGUCAGGAUUGCUGUGAUUGUUUGAGAGGGUGGGAAGAGAUUGUUGCAGCAUCAGACAGUGGAAGGGAAUCGACAAAGCUUGAAGCUGAUGUUUGUAGGUUUGCAGCAUUGGUAACAUUAACAAGUAAUAAGAUUGAUGAUACGAAAUGGAUUGACGCGGUUUAUGGCUGCCUUGGAGGGCACGUUCUUUCCAAAGGUGUAGUGGAUUGAAAAUUGAUAUAUGCUACUAAUUGAUUUUCCUAGUCAAUUUAUGAAUCAAACCAAAAUUCCAUAUCCUUUUUCUUUCUAACUAUCAAUCCUUUAAUAAAUCAUCAUUGUAUUGUUUACACCUUCUUGAUCAAAUCUAGUUGAUCAAUUCCAUUUUCCUCUGCAGAUGAAGCAGGAGGCACAGCUAGUGGUAGUAUCAAGCCCAGAACAGGUGACUCCUCAUUGACAACAGUAAUCAUAGCCUUGUUUGUUUUUGAGUUUCUGUGGAAUUCACUAAUUUUGUAUCAUAUUCCCAAUGAUAAACAGGUCUCUCAAUUCUAAUUGCUGGUGUGGUGGCAGUUGCAGUAAUAGUUCUCGUAGUAACAUGCAUCUUGUUUAGAUCCAGGACUAAAAAAAGAUACCCAACAAGAAAUAAUAGUACAUCUCAAAUAUCGACAAUAAUUUAUGGUAAUCACCUUGCAAUGUAUGACAGUGGUAAAUUCUUCCCAUCUUGCAUUCUUUUUCCUAGAUAAGUGUUCACCUUCUUGCUUUCUUUGACAGCAUCAACUGAUACACUCUGAGGACUCC